UCUGGACCCGGUUUGGAAGGUGCCUUGAGCCGUCCAAAAAGGGCUGAUGCCACGUUUGCCGCCCGGCAUGGAUAGCUGUCGAAGAGGCGUCGAAUCCAAUGCCAUGCCCUCCUCGCCGGUUCUCUGACUUUUCUUCAUCCUCCCGGCUUCUCUUUGUCUCAUUCUCUCUCAAUUAUUAUCUUCCCGUUUCUUUAACUCUGUUUCUCUGUAGUUUCGUUUGUUUCUCCAGUUCUCUCUACCACAUGACCGCAACGACUAUAAAUCCGAGCGUUAUUACCCUAUCUAUCUUUUACAGUUUAGUAUAGUUAUAUACUCUGGAUUUUGGUAGAUAGAGGGAGAGAUGGCGGACUGGGGACCGGUGGUGAUAGCGGUGGUACUGUUCGUGCUGUUGACGCCAGGGCUGUUGUUCCAGUUGCCUGGAAACAACCGUGUGGUAGAGUUCGGCAACAUGCAGACUAGCGGCAUCUCUAUCUUAGUCCACACCAUUAUCUACUUCGGCCUUAUCACCAUUUUCCUCAUCGCCAUUGGUGUUCACAUCUAUACCGGCUGAUAAUAGCCACCCAUGCCCACGCCACUCCUACUGGUUUCGUUGCCCUUUCUCUGGUUAGCCUUUGGUGGAAAACCCUUUUUGAAGGCAAGGUGCUCCACACAUUUUGAUUCAUCCACAAUUCACUUCCUGGGAUUGGAAACCGGCCAAUAAAGAAUCGUCGUUACCAUACAAUCGUUAUUCCUUCUAAAUUUCUUAUUUGAUUUCAACUAUUGCCUCCUUAUUUUUGUACUUGCAAUUUAUUAUUAACCUGUGAAGCUUCCUGCUACUUGCUCCAUGAAA